AUGUCUUCGUGGACAGAUCGGAUUGAUCACCUGGCCGAGCACUUCAAAGACGGAAAGACGAUGGCAGAUUGGCAUGGUGAUUGGGGAUUCGACGACAAUGUCUUGAACAUGGUCGAGAACUCGGUGCAGCCUUACUUGAUUCACAUGGAACGAAACUCGCCAUGGCCGUUUACAACGAAGCAAGGCGUCCCAGAGACACCACCCAAUGCCUACGAGCUAAUCAAGCUGGAGCUUGAACACUUUUCUGCCGAACACCAGAAUACAAAGGACGAGAUACCUACAAAUGCGGAACUUCUGUACGAAAGUUGCUGCGUCAUUUUUGGGUGCGACUCAAUCUCAUUCUCUAAGAGACCUGCAACGUCAACCCAGAGCUGGCUGCGAGAUCUGCUUAUGUCGUCCGAGUCCAUCGUACAGCAGGCGCGGGUCCGACCGAUGAAGAACAAUGCAAGGGCACGAUUUACGUAUCUUAGCAUAAACGGCAAAGCGUGCAUCUUUGAGGCUUGUGGGUUGGAAGAGCAACUGCAGAGCUACGUGGAGAUUUCCAAGUUGAUUGAGCCACAGAUUUCCGACGAGGAGUUACAACGAGAGGCCUGCAACAUUGUCGACAGGAUCGAGGCUUCUUCACCCAACCCCUCGGAAAUAUUUACGAACUUUUUGUUUAGUAUCAUCAAUGGCUCUUCUCACUGGCUUGCCGCAUUCCGUCACCGGACUGGACUCUCGCCGUCGGAGGCGUCGAAUGCCAUUCCUCCUUCCAACGUAUCUGAAGCAGUUCUAGGCUCCAUAGCAGCUGAGGCCGGUCUCGAGUUCUCGGGGGCGAACCUUUCUUCAGGAAGCACACCUGAUCCGAUACAAAUGAAUGCUGCCGGGAGCAAGACGGGCGAUAUCAGCAAGGUGUACUCGACCUCCUCGUUCUUUGUCAACGACGACAACUGCUACAGGAAAUUGAUGAAAGAGCUCACUCGCUUCGUGACCAUCACGACGUCGCCACGCAAUCCGAAUAGGCGCAUUCCCACCGAUGCCGAGCUCCAGCAUCAGGCGAGGUGGAUUUCUUUUGAAGAGUAG